UCCCUCUCCCUCUUCCUCCCUCUCUCUCCUUCUCUUUAGAGUGCAGUGAGUAACAAUGGAGGUCUUCUACUACAUGGUGUUUGGGAUAUUGGGGGUGGUGGUGGCAGCGACGGAGCUCAGCAAGAGCAACAAAGACCGAAUCCAUACGUCGUCAACUUUUAAUAGCUUCAAGAACAAUUACCUUUUCGUUUACUCUCUCAUGAUGGCCGGGGACUGGUUGCAGGGUCCUUAUGUCUACUACCUGUACAGUACAUAUGGAUAUGGAAAAGGCGACAUUGGACAGCUAUUCAUUGCCGGUUUUGGCUCCUCCAUGUUGUUUGGAACAAUUGUUGGAUCUCUGGCAGACAAACAGGGCCGAAAGAGGGCAUGCGUGACUUAUUGUAUAACUUACAUACUGAGUUGCAUCACCAAGCAUUCUCCUCAAUACAAGAUUUUGAUGUUGGGUCGUAUUUUGGGAGGUAUUGCCACAUCACUUCUAUUUUCAGCAUUUGAAUCAUGGCUUGUUGCAGAACACAACAAGAGAGGCUUUGAACAACAGUGGUUGUCAAUAACAUUCUCAAAGGCAAUAUUUCUUGGCAAUGGUGUUGUUGCUAUCUUGGCUGGGUUGCUUGGGAAUACGCUUGUUGAUGCACUGGCUCUCGGGCCUGUGGCACCCUUCGACGCUGCUUCGUGCUUUCUCACAAUCGGAAUGUUUGUAAUUCUAUUCUCAUGGACAGAGAAUUAUGGAGAUCCUUCAGAGAACAAGGAUUUGCUUACCCAAUUCCGGGGUGCUGCUGUGGCCAUUGCUUCUGAUGAGAAAAUUGCAUUACUGGGUGCGAUACAGUCUCUGUUUGAAGGUUCUAUGUAUACCUUUGUUUUCCUCUGGACCCCUGCUUUGAGCCCAAAUGACGAGGAUAUUCCACAUGGCUUUAUUUUUGCCACAUUCAUGUUGUCUUCGAUGUUUGGAAGCUCCCUUGCAUCUCGGUUGAUGGCUCGCCAAGCACCCAGAGUAGAGAGCUAUAUGCAGAUUGUCUUUGCCAUCUCAGCUGCCUCUCUUCUGCUUCCCAUUGUGACCAGCUUCUUGGUAGCACCUUCAAAGGAGAAAGGAGGGAGCAUCUCUUUUGCAGGUUGUAUCCAGCUUCUUGGGUUCUGUGCCUUUGAGGCUUGUGUAGGACUAUUCUGGCCAUCCAUUAUGAAGAUGAGAUCCCAGUACAUUCCUGAGGAGGCCAGGAGCACCAUCAUGAACUUCUUCCGUAUUCCUCUCAACAUCUUUGUCUGCAUUGUGCUGUAUAAUGUUGAUGCAUUUCCGAUGACUGUUAUGUUUGGUAUGUGCUCGAUUUUCCUCUUUGUAGCAUGUUUCUUGCAGAGGCGCCUCAUGGCAAUUGCAGACAAGCCUAAGACUGAAGAUUGGGUAGCAAUGAAGGAAAGGGACAGCGAGGCAGAGCCAUUAAACAUAUAAAUGAUUCUGAGCUGACAGACCACCAGACUUUUGAGAGGUUGAAGACAACGACCUGAUUCGUUCAAUAUACUGGUAAAGUUCCUGUUAACUAAGAAUGUAUUCGAUUUCAAAAAAGUGAAGGUUGCAAUGUAUAAGGACAACAGUAGUGUGCACAGCAAAGAUGGGAAGGAAGAAGGGUCGGUUGAACUUCUGUAAUUGUUUUUGGUUGUCAAGUCAUUACGGUAGUGAAUUAGUUUUUGCAAAAUUUUCGGCGAAGUAAUCAUCUCUUCUUGUAACGCCAUUGUUAUUCUUUUUAUAGCAUCCAUAGCCUAUGUGUUUCUUCAUUACAAUUUAAGUGAAACUGUACCUACGAUUAGCAAAUGCAAUUUUGUUUUAUGAUCUUUAUACAAAUUGGUCCCUGUAGAUUCGAUUCA